AUGAAAGCACUAACAUACGACGGCCCAGGCAAGAUCAAGGUAGUCGACAAACCAACCCCUACUAUCACCAAUCCCGCAGAUGCCGUAGUGAAGCUCCUUCGCACAACCAUCUGCGGUACAGAUCUCCAUAUAAUCAAAGGCGAUGUCCCUACUGCACCUGCUGGCCGCACUUUAGGCCACGAAGGCAUAGGCCUGGUCCACGACAUUGGCCCAGAAGUCAAAAGUCUCAAGAAAGGCGAUCGAGUCCUCAUUGCCUGCAUCACUUCUUGCGCCACCUGUAGCUUCUGCAAAAGGUCGAUGAACGACCAGUGCAAGAAUGGCGGCUGGACUCUUGGCAACACUAGUGACGGGACGCAAGCUGAAUACGUUCGCAUCCCGUACACUGAUGCGAAUCUCUACCACGUCCCCGAGGGCGUGGACGAAAGAAGCCUUCUCGUUUUCUCGGAUAUACUUCCUUCCGGGCUCGAAGUCGGCGUCCUCCGCGGCGGAGUGAAGCCUGGUUGUACUCUUGCUAUCGUUGGUGCGGGGCCAGUAGGUCUAGCUUGCGCGAUUACAGCAAAACUUUACUCGCCACGCAAGAUUGUCUUCUUUGACAAAGACGAAGCGAGGCUAGAAGUGGCGAAGAAGAUAGGAGCAGAUGACUGCAUCAAUCCGACUCAGGGCGAUGUGCGAGAGCUAGCUAGCAAGCACUUCGGCGACAUCGAUGGCUUCGAUGUCGUGAUCGAAGCUGUAGGCGUCCCAGCUACCUUCAAGAUGUGUCAGGAUCUUGUGGGUAUAGGCGGCCAUCUUGCGAACGUGGGAGUACACGGUACGAAAGUGGAGCUCGACAUUGAUCGGUUGUGGCCGCGGUCUACCACUAUCAGUAUGGCAUUGGUCAGUGCACAUACUAUACCGCAACUGCUGGACCUGAAUAGUGCUGGCAAGCUGGACACAGGUGCUAUGAUCACGCACGAUUUCAAGUUCAGUGAGAUCGAGAAGGCGUACGAUGUCUUCAGUCGAGCGGCGGAGACGAAGAGCUUGAAGGUUAACAUCGAGUUCUAG